AUGGCGACGUCUAAUUUGUUAAAGAACAAGGGGUCCUUGCAGUUUGAGGACAAGUGGGAUCUGAUGCGGCCCAUCGUUCUCAAGCUGCUCAGACAGGAGGCCGUCACCAAGCAACAGUGGUUCGACUUGUUCUCAGAUGUCCAUGCCGUGUGUCUGUGGGAUGAUAAAGGACCAGCCAAAAUCCACCAAGCCCUGAAAGAGGAUAUCCUAGACUUCAUCAAACAAGCACAGGCUCGGGUGCUGAGCCACCAGGAUGACACAGCGCUGCUAAAGGCCUACAUUGUAGAGUGGAGGAAGUUCUUCACACAGUGCGACAUCCUGCCCAAACCCUUCUGUCAGUUGGAGAUUACACUGAUGGGCAAACAGGGCAGCAACAAGAAGACAAAUAUGGAGGACAGCAUCGUACGCAAGCUGAUGCUGGACACGUGGAACGAGUCGAUCUUUUGCAACAUUAAGAGUCGCCUGCAGGACAGCGCCAUGAAGCUGGUGCACGCUGAGAGGCAGGGGGAGGCCUUCGACUCCCAGCUGGUUAUAGGAGUACGAGAGUCAUACGUGAACCUGUGUUCGAACCCAGAAGACAAGCUGCAGAUCUACAGGGAUAACUUUGAGAAAGCCUACCUGGACUCCACAGAGAGGUUUUACAGAACACAGGCACCGUCCUACCUGCAACAGAACGGCGUCCAGAACUACAUGAAAUAUGCAGACAUGAAGCUGAGAGAAGAGGAGAAGAGAGCACUUAGAUAUUUAGAGACACGUCGUGAAUGUAACUCUGUUCAAGCACUUAUGGAGUGUUGUGUGAAUGCUCUGGUGACCUCGUUCAAAGAGACAAUCCUAGCUGAAUGUCCGGGGAUGAUCAAACGCAACGAGACAGACAAGCUGCACCUCAUGUUUUCGCUGAUGGACAAGGUUCCCAGCGGGAUCGAUCCCAUGCUGAAAGACCUGGAAGAACAUAUUAUCAAUGCUGGACUGGCAGACAUGGUGGCUGCUGCCGAGACUAUCACUACUGACUCUGAGAAGUAUGUGGAGCAGUUGUUGACUUUGUUUAACCGCUUCAGUAAGCUGGUGAAGGAGGCCUUCCAUGACGACCCUCGCUUCCUCACAGCAAGAGAUAAGGCUUACAAGGCUGUUGUCAAUGAUGCCACAAUCUUCAAACUAGAGCUGCCUCUGAAACAGAAAGGUGUGGGUAUGAAGACUCAGCCGGAGUCAAAGUGUCCUGAGCUGCUGGCAAACUACUGUGACAUGUUGUUGAGGAAAACUCCACUCAGCAAGAAACUCACCUCAGAGGAAAUCGAGUUCAAACUCAAAGAAGUGCUCUUGGUGUUGAAAUACGUGCAGAAUAAAGACGUGUUCAUGCGUUACCACAAAGCUCACCUGACCAGGCGCCUGAUUCUAGACAUUUCAGCAGACAGCGAGACUGAAGAAAACAUGGUGGAGUGGCUGAGAGAAGUAGGAAUGCCUGCCGAUUAUGUGAACAAGCUGGCCAGGAUGUUUCAGGACAUCAAGGUCUCAGAGGACCUCAAUCAGGUCUUCAAAGAGAUGCACAAACACAACAAGCUGGCACUGCCAGCGGACAGUGUAAACAUUAAAAUCUUGAACGCCGGAGCUUGGUCACGAAGCAGUGAGAAAGUUUUUGUCUCGCUACCCACGGAGCUGGAGGACCUGAUCCCUGAGGUGGAAGAGUUCUACAAGAGGAAUCACAGCGGUCGCAAACUCCACUGGCAUCACCUCAUGUCCAACGGCAUUAUCACCUUUAAAAACGCGGUGGGUCAGUACGACCUGGAGGUGACGACGUUCCAGCUGGCGGUGUUAUUCGCCUGGAACCAAAGACCCAGAGAGAGAAUCAGCUUUGAGAACCUCAAACUGGCCACAGAGCUGCCUGACGCAGAGCUACGUCGUACACUCUGGUCUCUGGUGGCCUUCCCCAAGCUGAAGAGACAAGUGUUGUCUUAUGACCCUUCAGUUAGCUCGCCCAAAGACUUCACAGACAGCACACUCUUCUACGUCAACCAGGAGUUCUCACUCAUAAAAAACUCCAAAGUCCAGAAGCGGGGAAAGAUCAAUCUGAUUGGUCGGCUGCAGCUGACCACAGAGCGAAUGAGAGAAGAGGAGAAUGAAGGAAUUGUUCAGCUCAGAAUACUCAGAACUCAGGAGGCCAUCAUCCAAAUCAUGAAGAUGAGGAAGAGGAUCAGCAACGCUCAGCUGCAGACGGAGCUUGUGGAGAUCCUGAAGAACAUGUUCCUGCCUCAGAAGAAGAUGAUCAAGGAGCAGAUCGAGUGGCUCAUCGAACAAAAGUACAUAAAGAGGGACGAGACAGACAUCAACACCUUUAUCUACAUGGCCUAGGCAGCGAGGAAGGGAGCACUUUUAUUGCUCUGUUUUUUACUCCUAGCCUGCGACCGGCGCUUGACCUGCAAGAAGAGAGGGACGAGGAACAAAAGGAUGUGAAGAAAAGGAGAGUGGUGAUGAUGAGUAGUAGUGUGUGUUGAUGGACGAAAAGGAGCCUUUUCAACAAAAUUCUGGAUAUUUUAUGUGUUUGUGAGACACCAGUGUGUCUUUUCGAGGCGUAGAGUGGCGAAGUCGGACUGUUUGUGUGUCUCUGCUGCCCUCUAGUGUCGAUCAGAGGAGAAGUAUGGCAGCGUGUGCCGUCUGCCAGCAGCUCCAGUGAGGAAAAAAAAAAUAGUGACAUUAUUAAAUUAAAUACUUCCUGCCUUACUUUCAUCAGCAAGGGACUGCAAAAGAGGAGGAGGAGAAGUGAGGAGUGAAGGGAGGACAAAUGAUAUCAAUCCUUUGCUUUCACUUAAUGCCACAGCUGCCAUCUUAGCGGCAGCCAUUUUGCAUCCCUCCUAUUCUACAUUUGUCUUAUUUUUGAACUGGGAAUGCAAAAAGCAGCGAGUGAAAGCUGCCACUGAGGAGGAGCGGACACGGAAGGGAGAUUGGUUGAAACUACCAAGGAGUAUUUUGCCAAAUUGUGUGUGUGUGUGUGUUUGGAUGCAUGGUGUGUAUCUGGUCUUUUAGAUGUGUGUAUGUGCACUUUCAACAGCAUGCUGCUUUAUGAUUUUUGUUUUUGUUCAGUGGAGGAUCUGUCACACUUUCUGGUUGUGUUUGAGGUUGGGAAAUCAAAACCAGUCAUUCUUUAAAUGCUGAUAUUUAGUUAUUCUUUUUAACCCCUGUGGCAGCAGGUAAAGCUUGUCAACAGGUGAACAAGUAUUGUCUGUGUUACAAAAUAAUCAUUCUGCAAACUAUUUAUUUGGCGUGUAAAGACCCGUGAUCUGGACAUUGUGAGAUUAAAUACCAGCUGAAUGCAUCAAAGACGGAAAUGUCUAAAACUGUGACCAGGUAUUUAAAUGGGCUGCAGAAAACUAGAAACACAACACACUUAAAUAGACUAGAAGCUCCAUUACUGAAUUAUCACCUCAUUCAUCCUCGUGGUGUCAUUCUUUACACAAUGUCUUCUCCCUUUCUGCCCAAAGUAACAGAUCCAACAGACACCACAUGCAUGGACGGAAAUGUCACUCAUUAUCAAAGUGAAUUUGUUGAAACAAAGCAGCCAUUUGGCCCAUUCGGUUUUUAUUCUCAGUCUCAAUAGAGUAGCUAUACAUAACAAUCACUACAAUGUUUUUUUUUUAAUUCCAAGAACUUGUUCCAACAUUCGCCUGAAGCUGGUGUGAAGCUUCAGAAGUCUGACAGGUGUUAACAGGUGUCAAACUAUAUUUUCUGAAUAGUCAGAUUCUAUAAUGAUGAUCAUAAUAAUAUAGAGCAGGGUUUUCAAACUCUGAGACUGCGGCCCUCCCCUCAGACAUUGCAUUGGGAAUCGGCGCCCCCCCCACCACAUCUUUAGUUUACUUGGUAAGUUUCGCUCAAUUCCUGGAUGCCCGUGGGAUCAUGAUUAUAUUAUUUGAUCCCAUAGACACUCAACAUUUGAGCCAAAAUAGCCUAAUACUGCUGUUUGACAUAACUUCUGUCUACACCUAAUAGUUUUAAAAAGGUCUGUCCUAAGGCAUUUAUUAGUUUCUGACUCUGACAACUACUCUGAACUCUCACACAUGUAGGCUAUUUUAUGUGAUCUCCUUUGGAUAACUAAUGUAAAAAGUAAUGUAAUAUUGUUUCACUUCCAUUCACUGAGCCUCCCCUGAAACUGUUUGGAGCCCCGCCUCACACUUUGAAAACCCCUGAUAUAGAGCACCUUUCAAAACAGAGUUACAAAGUGCUUUACAUAGAAUUAAAGUAAACAAAAUCCAAGAAUAUAAAACAAAAAAUAAAUUAAAUAAUUGCAUCAAAUACCACUUCUAAUACUCACUUUCAUCCAUAAGAUGUGCAUGAUUGAAGUAUGAAAAAUUCUGCAACAUAAUGACAUCAUUAAUUUAAUGUUUUUUUAAGAUAGUGUCACCUUUUGAAUAGGUAAAAAUUUACUGAACCAACUGACAUUAACUUCUUGUUUUUUACUUAAACGCAAAGUUCAAAGUUGUUUUGCAGUGUAUUACUCCUUCCUCUAUGGGACUGGGAUCAGAUAUUAGCUACUGUAACAGCGCUUUUAUACCUCAGCAGACAAAGUGCUUUGCAGUUUGCAUCUCAGUUGUACACACACACACACACACACACACACACACACACACUGAUGGCGGUGGGGCGGGUUUGCAAGCCACUGACUGGCCAGCAAACUGGGGUUGUGUGUCUUGUUCAAAGCCAUGUGGACAGGAGGAUUAACCUGCAGAUAACGGACAACCUGCUGUACCUCCUGAGCCACAGCUGCUCAGGGUCACAUGUUUUGUUAGCUGUAACCUAAAACAGUGACCUCAUUGUAUUUACGUAGGUUGAUCAGAGCAGGCAGUAGAGCCAGUCUUAUCACAGAUUUAUCAGUGUGUUUGUUGGCCAAGCCCAAGACGUAACAAAAAAUUGCUGCACAGAAAUACAAAAGGUAUUUUUGGAAGCAAUUUAGAAACACAUCCCUCCACUUAAGCAGUUUGUCACCAGAGAACUGCAAAAUGUCCUGUUCAGUACAUACAGUAUCUUUUUAAAUUCAAAACAAAAACAGCAACACAAAUAAUUUUGUGAAUUGGCUUGGUCAGACAGCUGAAGCUUCAAGGCGGGAUGGUGUCUUUGCGAGAACUGUGGAUUUUUUUCGUCCUUUUUUUGAGAGGGGGACGGCUUACUGGGACUCUGAAACUGAGAGUUUACAAUCAAUCAAUCAAUCUGAACCUAUCAUUCAAGAGUUUUAUUCCAAAAUGAGAUUUUUAAUGUCAAUAUAUAUAAAAAGUUGAAUCAUACUGUGUGAUGAUAUUUAAGUCAUGACUUACCCUUAGACCUUGCUGCUUAUUUGUUCCAGGGAGAAUCUUGUUACUUAUUUCCCCCUGUGCAUUACAGUUUACAAUGUAUAUAAAUAUCAAUUUGGAAUGAAACUCUUAAUGUUCAGUUUUAUGUACAAACCCUUUACAGGUCUAAAAAGUUUAGAAUUCUUGGAACACUUGGGACAAAGUUGUGACAGAUCACCUUCCCGAUGCACAAAAUCAUACAAUCUAUUCAUUUACAGUUGGGUAGUUCAGGCGAGAGACAUCAGACAAAAAGAUAAAAGUGAAAUUGGUCAUUAGAAAUGAAGAUGCUGCUUUCUUUUACUUAUUGUGUUUCUCACAGCUUUUAUUCUUCAAAGCCUCGCACAUUUUUAUUUGCUGCAAUUCUCCAGCGUUUUCUUCUGAAGCAUAUAUAGGGAGUUGACAAGUGGUGUUUCUGUGUGUCCUCCGAGGGCUGAAUUGCUAUUAAAAACAUAUUUGAAAGUGCUAAAGCAACUCAAAUACUGUCACAUCAACAUUUACAUACUGUUGAUUCUCGCAUUUGCAGGGUUAUGUGACUGCUGCUUAGACAUUUAAAAUAAUUUUUGUUUUAAAUAAUUCCUACAGCAGCUCCUCCACAUGUUCAGCACUGUCAGUGAAAACAAGUUCUGCUGCAGAAACUCAAUGAAUUAGACAGAGAAAAAUAAAGCUUCUAAUCCCCCAAAAAAUUGUCAAAGACACUGCUUUAAAAAAUAAGGUGCCUCCGUUUAAAAUAAUUUGUACCCCUCAGUCCUAAAAGUAUAGCUAUGAUUUAACUCGGUCACAUUAUUAUUAGAGCCGUAAAGAAGAUGAAAGACAACGGUGAAUGUUUGGGAUUGAACUUUUUGUAUUUACUCUAUAUUUAUGAAGAAUGUUUUGUUUUUGGACACAUGUUUUCUUAGUGCACAUCCAUAGAGCUGACACAGUAUGCAUUCACUGCAACUCUCUCCUUUGUUUCAACUCCACUUUUAAGAUAAGAAAACAACUUUUAGUCUACAUUAAUUCACUUUCCACUUUAAUAAGUCAAUUCAUUCUUGCAGUUUGUCAAAAUGCUAACACACUUUUCUGACUGUGGUGAAGUCUGCCUGGUUGAAAUGAAACAAACUCAUGUCAAUCAAAUUAUGCAGUUUUAUUCUCUAUGCACAGACCUGGCUCAGUUAGUAUUGAUCUCCUGUUUCUAAACUUUUAAACAUCCUUGAGUACAUGGAGUACAGUGAAAUGAUGAAUGUCACUACUUCUUUCUUUCAUUUGACUUAUUCAACAGCUUCCACUCAUUUGGUUUUCCCCAGCAAAUUUAAACAAGAGCUAACAAUAAUAUCCCUACGUACUGACACAAAAAAAUAUUUUUGGGUGGAUUUUUCCUAUAAUAAUUAGAUUUUUCCCUACUGCUUGAGAUUUAGUGUGAACACCUGGCAUUGGACAUUUCCAGACCCUUUGAGGUUUAUUUUGUCUGCUUUGAAACCAGAUGGGUUCAGCAGUUUCUGGAGCUUUAACAAUUGCAGAAACUUGGUUUGAGAGACAGUUUUAGUGGUGUGAUUGUGUGAAAUGUUAUUCAGAAAUAUGAAAAAUUUGAAAAACCACUGCAUGAAAAAUGUCAGUGUUUUCACACAGUUUUCUGUUAGUGCACCAUUAGACUGAAAAAUCUCGACUACUAUUGUGUGUCAGACAUUCAUGGCUCCCGGAGGAUGUACCCUGAGCUCUCAAUCUGACCAGGACUAAGUUUGAAUUUGACAAAUACUUCAGUUUAUGACUAAAAACCUUGUAAACUAAUGCCCGUCAGCCUCUUGUACUUUGUGUUUAUUGCUAAUUAGCAUGUUAACACACUAAACAAUGAUGCUGAACAUAGUAAACAUUAUACGUGCUAAACAUCGGGAUACUAGUGUUGACAUUGCGAUCAUGCUAGCAGGUUGAUAACAUGUAACUCAAAGCGCCGCCUCACUGAGCUAUUAGCAUGGCUAUAGACUUGAUUGACAAACAUUAAUUUCUGUUGCAGAAGUCUUUCACAGGUUCAGGGUGAAGUUAUUUCUAAACAUCAUCUCACAAGUUCUGAAUCUUAUUUAACCAUUUGCCCAAAAUUGUCAAGCUUCCAGAGCUACAGUGAAAAUCUGGUUUAAAAUGUAAUUUGACCCGAGUACAUUUAACUUCUGCAUUCAACAACUUCAACAAAUCUGGGAAUCUGUGUAUGCGACAAUAUAUACAGAGACGUUUGUAUGUGACUGAGUUAUGAUUUUACUUUUUUCAGGUAUUAACUGAUCUAAUUUGUCACUAUUUUUCUUUUUUAUAUGGUUUGGUGAUCAUAUUGAAUGCUGCCCUAAUCCACAGCUUCCUAGAGUUUUGUGCAACAAGCUUCAGUGGGGUCUUCAAGUAUAUUCAAAAAGUAAGAAAUACAGUAUGUGUAAGUCUGAGCCGACUGUACGGCUCUCAGACCAGAGAGCUUUAAACAAUCUAAACAGAAAAUGUAUUUAAAUUUAAUUUUUUCUUUUUUAAAUACAUGUAUUUUACUGCCCUUUUUAUUAGACAUUCUGUAUUUAAAACCAUGUUAAACAAUAGUCGAAUCUGUUCUGUCCAAUCAAUAAUCAGUAUUAGCUGGUGAAACUGUCAUUUUAUCCUGUUUCAGAAACAUCUGGGCUAACUUUAGUUGAAGUUAAAGGAGAUGAAAAUGUUUUUUAGGCUGUGGGGCGGGCUGUGGUUGCUGUGUUUUUCUAAUUUGAAACCGUGUACCCGCCCAUCAGCCCCGUCUGCACAGCAGGGGCAGACUUACCUGUAGCCUUGCAUAAUGACAAAACUUGAACUAAACACAAUCAGUCGCAGCCUCAACCAGCUGAAUGUUUGCCACUACAUCAAAUAAAGAGACAUUAAACUUUGUGAUGCUGGAGUGAGAGGAGAGGUUCAACUAUUUUCAUGUGCUGUGUUGUUUUGCUUGUUUCAAAUAUUUUUUUAAAUUGAAUAAUUUAUUUCCUGGCAAAAUAAAGACUGCUGUAAAGACAGAGA